CUGAAACUUGAGAAUGACCAAGCAGAUGUUCCAUUGUCUACUGUUGAUGGUAAGCUGACAUCAUCACAGCAACUGGAAGAUGACCCAGAAGAUGUUCCACUGUCUCCAAGUGAUGAUACACGGACAUCACCACAGCAACUGAAACUGUGUAGGGUGUCAGUGGAGCUACAAGACUGCCGUGACAUGCUGGGGCCUGAUGGAGUUUUUAAGAUGCGAACCUCAGAGGACCUCAGAGAUGACGGUGAAAAUGAUGAUGAUGAUCUAAGUUAUCAAGAUCAUGAUGCCGACGUGGAUUACAGCCCGAAAAAUGAAGGAUUCAACAUCUGCUCAAAGGCUGGAGAACUGUUGUCUGCAGCCGAGGAGAGCAUCGCCGAGCCUGAGGGGGAACCGAAGAGGCAGAGCAGGGGAGGCAUGAGAGUCAAGGCGAAAAAAAGAAUUGACACCAAAUGUCACAAGUGUACAGAAUGUGGAGAGACAUUUUCAUAUCUUAGCUGGCUAGCUCGACACCUAAGAAAGCAUGCCAGAAGAAAGCCCUCCACUGCCACUCCACAUGGAAACGUUUCCACCAACUCUCCACAUGAAAAUACACCCAAUGAUUCUCCUCAUGAAACUACACGAGGUGUUGUUCAGAAAGAUUAUCACCCGGAGAGAAAUGGAAGGACUUCUAAAGGAAGAAAAAAGCAAACCAUAGAGGACGUGAGCGAUGAGGGUGACAAUGAUGAUGAUGGCGACAAAGAUGACGAUGAGUGUCAUCAGGAUGGUGAUGAUGAUGAUGACGACAGUGAUUACGACCCAGGAACCGAUGAGUCCAUUGAACAUGAUGUAUGUGAGAAAACUCUGCCAACUCCACAAACUCUUGUCAGUCACAAAAAAGUCCACACAGAUAGACCUAAACAAGGAACUGAAAGAAAAGGUCCUCCUUGGGAAUGUGAUGUAUGUGGGAAAAUACUUAAAAAUAAGCGGAAUCUUAUUAUUCACAAACGACGGCACACUGGUGAAAAGCCUUAUGCCUGCAAACACUGCGACAUAACUUUCAGACAUUACAGUGCUUAUUUCAAACACCAGAAAACACAUUCAGACGAGCCACACGGUCUGCCCAAAAUGGUAAAACCAGCUGAAACAGUGACUGAAAGAAAAGGUCCUCCUUGGGAAUGUGAUGUAUGUGGGAAAAUACUUAAAAAUAAGCGGAAUCUUAUUGUUCACAAACGACGGCACACUGGUGAAAAGCCUUAUGCCUGCAAACACUGCGACAUAACUUUCAGACAUUACAGUGCUUAUUUCAAUCACCAGAAAACACAUUCAGACGAGCCACAUGGCACACAUCAAUGUGACAUCUGUGGAAAACUGGCUACAAGUCGGGCGACUCUCAAUCUACACAAGAGGAUACACUCAGAUGACCGGCCUUAUGCUUGCAAGCUCUGUGACAAAACUUUUCGAUAUAAAGCUGCUUUAAUAUCUCAUCAGAUAGUUCAUACUAAGGAAAGACCACACAAGUGCUCACUUUGCCCCAAGGCUUUUGCGACUUCAUCAUACUUAAAAAUACAUAUCAGAAAACAUAAGGGAGAAAAACCCUAUGCCUGCACUCAGUGCUCCAAGACUUUCUGUAACUCAUCAGAACUACGCGGCCAUGAAUUAAGUCAUUCAGAUCACAAACCUUUCUUGUGUCUGGUGUGUGGGCUGAGAGUGAAAACGAAAGGCCAGCUUAAAACCCAUGAGUUGAUUCACACUGGAGAGAAGUCAUUUUCCUGUACGCAAUGCAACAAGCGGUUCAUAUCAAACUGCAAACUAGUUUACCACAUAAGAAGCCAUACUGGAGAGAAGCCCUAUAAGUGUUCUUCAUGCGAGCUCAGGUUCGCCAGAGUCUCUUAUCUCAAACGGCACCAGGUUAUACACAUGGGUGAAAAGCCUCACCUUUGCUCUGUUUGUGGGAGGACUUUCAAUCGUGUUGAAGCACUGAAGACCCACCAGAGAGUUCACACUGGAGAGAAACCCUACCAGUGUACCGUCUGUGAGGAGAGAUUCGCCUACCCACAGGCUUUGCAGGCGCACCAGAAAAAAGUGCACAACAUUGAAUUCCACAAAUGUCAACAAUGUGGGCAGAGUUUUAAAUCUGCUAAAGCUUUGAAAUCACAUGAGUGUUCACAGGGUGUGAAUUAGGGAUGGGAAUCUUCAUCAUCAAAGCGAUAUGAUGCGCAUCUCGAUACAGAUGGCAACGAUACGAUACAUUCACGAUUCAUGAAAUUACCAGUGAUAAGAUGCGAUACGAUUUUCCUACCUACUGCGAUGCAGUUCGAUAUGGCGCGAUGCAAUUAUAAUGCCAUGCGAUGCAUUGCGAUUCGGUACAGAACAGAUUAAAAUAUUAAAAUAGAUUAAAAUAUUACUGUUCUGAUAUUCUGUUGCAUAACCAUGUUUUUUAGCUAACUGCUUCACAUCAGUUGUGUGGAAUCGAACAACUUCUGACAAUGAUCAACAGGUAUUGCCGCCCAGUGCAAUUGACAAUUUCAAAGAGCCACUUUGUUACAUUUCCGCGUGCAUUUCAGUGACAGCGCCAGGGCCGUUCUUGAUAGAACAGCAGCGUAUCGCAACGAACAUAAGAUUUUCUGCCUCAUUUAUACCCUGCGCAGCUCGAAGAUUUCGUGCACCAAUUUAUUUCAGUGUAAGCUUACCACAACAAUAGGCUAUUGCUAUGACCGCAAUGAUUAUUUUAACCUCUUUGGCCAAAUGGACCAGGUUGUCUCUUUAGAUUCAAUAGUGAGGAAGCAUCUUAAAAAUCCCUACAUCCAUGGGAACAACUAUUUCUCGCUGUCCCAUUUAUAGACAAGACCGUACAAUUUACGUUUAUGAAUAGACAACAUGUGCUUUACAACAGAUCUCACAUCCAC